AUGGCCAUUCACGUCACUACACUCACCGAGGCAGACAUUCCGGGUGCCGUAAAGGCAGUUCAGCAGGCCUUUGCCGGAGACCCCUACAAUGUGUGGGUUUAUGACCAAUCCCAGUUCAACCCCGAAAGAAACUACCAAUCACUGGCACUGCGAAUGCGAUGGGGCAUGAGAAACGGCAUCUUCCACGUUGCGAAGGAAGAAGGCAGCGACCAAGUGCUCGGCGUAGCCAUGUGGCUGCGCCCUCAGCCAGCAGACGCCCCGUCAACGUGGAACGACUGGCUUGAGGGCUGGCGCCUUUGGUUUGGACAGGUCAACUACAACCUGUGGUACGGACGCGGAGGCCUGAAUGUCAAGAGGUAUUACAUCUGGAAGGACGCGCAGGCCAAAGCGCAGCAGGAGCUUUGGACAGACUCCAGAGGCUAUUACUUCCUCAACAUCAUGGUUGUCCUCCCCGAUACACAGGGCAAGGGCGUCGGGGCUAAGAUGAUGAAGGUCGUCACCGACCAGGCGGAUGCAGAGGAUAUGAAGUGCUACCUCGAAUCGAGCAGGGAUGUUCCGAAUAUGGCUAUCUACGGACGAUGGGGAUUCAAGUUCCAGAAAGAGAUGAUUUGCGACGAUGAGGGAGAUGCUAUUAAGCUGUUUACGAUGAUCAGAGAGCCUCACGCUCAACCGGGGGAUGGCAGAUAG